CGCAUUCACAGAGUUGACCGGUGACCACUCAGUUCAUCAGCUCGGAGCUGUAUGUGCCGCAGCCCGCCGCCGCGGACUCUGCUCGGCCGUCGGGGGUGAUGGAGGCGCCGGCACCAUGGAGAGUGCUCGAGUUCUACAGCGGCAUCGGUGGCAUGAGGUACUCGCUGAUGGCGUCGGGCGCGCGGGCGGAGGUGGUGGAGGCCUUCGACAUCAACGACGUCGCCAACGACGUAUACGAGCACAACUUCGGCCACCGCCCCUGCCAGGGGAACAUUCAAACGCUCACUGCUAGUGACCUAGACAAAUACAAGGCACAUGCAUGGCUUCUUUCUCCUCCAUGUCAGCCAUACACACGGCAAGGGCUUCAGAAGCAUUCAGCUGAUGCUCGUGCGUUCUCGUUCAUCAAGAUUCUUAACCUCAUGCAAAACAUGAGCUACCCUCCACAAAUGUUAUUUGUGGAAAAUGUAGUAGGAUUUGAGGUGUCUGAUACACAUGACCAGUUGCUGGAGGUCCUUUCAAGUCUAAAUUUUAACUUACAAGAAUUCAUCCUAAGCCCAUUACAGUUUGGUGUCCCAUAUUCUAGACCUCGCUACUUUUGUUUGGCAAAACGAGAACCUAUGCAAUUUCAAAAUGCAUCAGUCAACAAUAAGUUGCUCCGUACACCUAUGUGCCUAAGCCAGACAGUGAACAGUACAUCACAGGAUAGUGACCACCAAACUGAAGAAGAGCAGGAUCCAGUAUGUAAACCAGUAAAAGACUUUCUUGUCAAGGAGGCUGAUGGAUGCAUUCAAAAUGGAACAAUUUUGCAAGAUUACAUAGUCCCGCUAAACUUGAUUGAGCGGUGGGGGAAUGCUAUGGAUAUUGUAUACCCUGAAUCCAAGCGGUGCUGUUGUUUCACUAAAAGCUACUAUCGCUAUGUGAAGGGGACAGGCUCCUUGCUGGCUACAUCUGAAAACCUCAAAUGGGUUCCUGAAGAGAAGCUUCCAAUUUCUUCACUGAAGGAGUUACGCCUACGGUUUUUCACCCCUCGGGAGGUCGCCAAUUUCCAUUCCUUCCCUUCAAGCUUCUGGUUCCCGGAUCACAUAAGCUUUAGGCAACAGUAUGCUAUGUUGGGCAACAGUCUGAGUGUAGCAGUUGUGGGUCCUUUGCUGCGCUAUCUGUUUGCUGAGGCAUAGAGAAGCCCACCAGUCAGCUGGUGAUGUUAACCUGACACAAACACUUUGGCUGCUCGCUGCUGUGGUCAAAAUUUUUCAUAAUUUAAGCAAGGUUUUGGGAUGUUUGGUUAGUGGUAACAUUUUGAAAAGGAGGCUGCUACCCGCAAAGGCGCAACAUGUAUCACUGAAACUCUGGUGGAUCUAACCUACAAGAGAAGCUGUUUCUGCAUUGCCUUCCCCCCAUGCGCACGUCGUCAUGUUGAAUACUUGAAUGAUGGUUGGAAUUGUGACAUGUGAUCCAUUGAUGUGUACUUGAUGAGGUUAUUGUAAUGAUUGUGGAUCUGAGCACAAGGAACUUCCACUGAAUCCUGUAGCCAAUUAUUAAUAGCGAAUAGAUUUACCCUUUUUUUUCAA